CACUCAUCUCCCCCUCGUGAUCGUAUAACUCACUCUCCCUAUACCUCCGCUACGUAUGGUUAUGUAGAUACCUGGUGUAUCUUUUGACAUAUUAAUUGUAGACUCGUCCUUCUCAUACGCUCCUUUAUUUUUCUUGUUUCUUACUGUCCUCCGUACUCAGCUCGGAACUUUCUCCCAUCAGACGAACUUACACAGAACUGUUGGUAUAAUAAAGUUUCGUCAUCGCCUCAGAAUUCAUACAACCGUUUCUGUUUUCUGGUUUCCCCCCAGCAAUCCACCAACCUCGAACUCGAGUCCUUCACCACGCAAGCUUGCAACACCAUUCAAAAUGUCGACGGGUACAGAUAUCCUCCUUGUGGGGAAUGGCCUGCCAGACGAUGAGCAUAUUCUUCGACCUCGUCCUCGCAAACCCGGAAAUCCAGCUAUCAUAAGAACUCUUAGUGAAGAUGGCCGUUUAUCCGCCAGUGAGAACGGGAACAUUUCCGGCCAAACAAGGUAAUCAUCACCCAGAAUAUAUGCCAGACACAGCUAAUUCUUGCAGUGGUCGUUCAACUCCAGUACCGGAAGAUGCACCCCCCUCGGCGCAUACCAUUUCCCAUGCGCGUAAACAACUCAAAGCCCAACAAAGGCGCCGAAUAUUUCCUACCAUCGAAUAUGCCUCGAGAGUUUCUCAUUUCGAUUCGCAGAGCGACUAUCGUGAUUUUACCGGAUUUUAUGUGCUAUUUUGGAUCGCACUUACUAUCAUGGCUAUAACUACCAUGUUGCGCAACGUCAAAGAUACCGGAUAUCCUAUGCGUGUGAAGAUUUGGCAGUUAUUUACUGUGAAAGUAUGGGAACUGGGGUUAGCAGAUGGAUUGAUGGUCUUUUCCACCUCGGUCAGUCUGCCAUUACAUCGUCUAUUCAGGAGUGCAGCAGGCCGGAAUAUGGGAUUCAAAUGGCAAGGUGGGGGAAUGGCAGUUCAAGCUCUCUACCAAACGAUAUGGCUGGCAUUCUGGGUUGCGUGAGUGAAAAUAUUGCAAUCGCAUUGCUGAAAUUUUCUAACAUUUACCAGAGUACCUUUCCUUCGUCAAUGGACCUGGACAGCCCAAGUUUUCCUCACACUACAUGUCCUCGUCAUGCUCAUGAAGAUGCAUUCAUAUGCCUUUUACAAUGGCCAUCUUAGCGAAACUGAACAGAGACUACAUGCUUUGGAUAAUCCAUCAACCGCUUCAAAAGCACCAGCAUAUCAAUAUCCAGCCACUGGUCAACCGGAAAAGCCAAAAACACCCGAAGAACAGUUAGAUUUAGCUCAAUUACGAGAAGAUCUAGCAAUUGAACUCAUCUCCCCAAUGGGUAAUGUCACAUAUCCAAAGAAUUUGACAUACGCCAACUAUGUCGACUACCUUUUCUGUCCAACUCUUUGCUACGAAUUAGAAUACCCCCGUACGAGCGGUAUCGUUUGGUCCGAACUCGGCUACAAAGUUCUAGCAGUUUUCGGAGUCAUCUUUCUCCUCACCAUUACGUCUGAAGAAUUCAUUCUCCCAGUCUUGACUGACUCAGCACUUCGACUCGAGACUGUCGAUUCUUUAACCGAAACGGGCUUGAUUCUCGCAGAGUCAAUCUCUAUGCUCUUAUUCCCUUUUAUGGUCACCUUCCUCCUCGUCUUCCUAGUAAUUUUCGAGUACGUCCUUGGUGCUUUCGCAGAAAUAACAUGUAAGUUCUCCUCCGCUCGCCAUUCUCCCAUAAACUAACAAUACAUCCUAGGUUUUGCAGACCGCCACUUCUACUCCGACUGGUGGAAUUCAACCGACUGGCUCGAAUUCUCCCGCGAAUGGAAUAUUCCCGUCCACCAUUUCUUCCGUCGUCACGUGUACUCUGCUUCUCGACCACAUAUCGGCCGUCCUAUGGCUACCCUGAUCACUUUUCUGAUUUCCGCGAUUGGACAUGAGAUUGUGAUGGCGUGUAUCACGAAGAAACUCAGGGGAUAUGGAUUCGCAGCUCAGAUGAGUCAAUUGCCAAUUGUCAUGCUGCAACGCACAAAGUGGGUUCGUGGCAAGAAAGUGCUGAACAACGUUUGUUUUUGGUGCUCGAUGAUUUUAGGGUUGAGUUUGAUUUGUAGUUUGUAUGUGCUUUGUUAGACGGGGCGAAGGUUGGUCAAUAUGGAUCGUGAUUUGGAUUUGGAUAUAGACAUCUUGGACCGGAUUUCUUUGUUUUCACCAUCUAGCUUAUCUCUAUGGAUGAGUUUUUUGUGCUUUUCUUUUCCUUCUGUUUUU